AGCGGAGGGAGACGUGUACCCUGUAGUAGUGAGCAAAAGAGCGCCGGCUUUGGGUGCGGGGGCUGUGGAAAACUGAACAAUCUAAGCGGGAGGAGUGAUCCGAGCAUCGCCGUGAGCUUCCCCGAGUCCAACCACGGCCUCACUAUGUCCAAAGUUUCCUUUAAGAUCACGCUGACCUCGGACCCGAGGCUGCCGUACAAAGUACUCAGUGUUCCCGAAAAUACUCCUUUCACGGCAGUUUUAAAAUUUGCUGCAGAAGAAUUUAAAGUUCCUGCAGCAACAAGUGCUAUAAUUACAAAUGAUGGAAUAGGAAUAAAUCCUGCACAGACUGCUGGGAAUGUUUUCCUAAAGCAUGGCUCAGAACUACGAAUAAUUCCUAGAGAUCGUGUUGGGAACUGUUAAUUUCUGCUGAAUGAAAAUCUGCCAUUAUCUUUCCAAAUAAACAUCGGUCUCAGUUGAUUCCUGUUUUUCAUUUGGAUUUCCAGUUAACUCAGAAGUAUUCUCAACUGAACAAUAUGAACUUAUUUUAAUUAUGGAAAAUGACAUCUUACACCAACUAGUCUACCUAUAUUCCUGCAGAAUUGAAUGUAGUUAGUAGUGGGAAUUUUAAAGUAAAUUUAACAUAACUGUUGCUAAAUUACAUACCUUCAUGUAUAUAUUCUAAGAGCUCUCAUAUAAUCUUGAUCUCAUGUGGAUAAUUCUGCCUUGAAAUCUGAAAGGGAAUGAAUACCAUUGAGAAGAUCUGAAAUGCAAAGCUCAAGAAAGUGCCAUAAUCUACUUUUUGAUGUGUGCUGAACCCAAAUUUCAAGAGGCCUGGCAGGGCAGAAGAAGACAAUUUAAGUACCAUGAUCACUAAAAAGAGAAAAGUCAGUUAAACUAACUAGGUUUAACUAAAGGGGUAGGAAAGAAUUGGUCAAGUCACAUAAGCAACAGACUAAAGAAGAAAAAUACAAAUAAUUAGAUUGUCUAAAUAAGCAACAGAAGAGAGCCAAGUAUAUACUCUUAACUAUAAAGGAUAAAACUGUAAAGGAUAAAACAUCUUUGCCUUUCCAAAAAUUAUUUUCUCCUUUCUUACACGAAAAAGAAGAGAUAGACCUUACAGAAAGGAAAUGAAUAAUUAUAGUUGGAAAGUGUUAAUGCACAGGUAUAAUACUUAGUAUGCUGACUUCUGUACAUUGUAUGAAAUCAAGGCUCAGAAAAAAAAAUGUAGCUUAAGUUCUCUGUUACUUUGUAAUAAAACACAAGUGGUAUAUACAGCAGUGUUUGAAAAAUGGCACCUCCAAACCAAGUUUUCUAUCAUUUGUUUUCAAUGAUAUCAUCUAUGGCAUUCCUGUUUCUGACCUAAAAGUCAUUGAAAAGGCAAAAGAGUCUUACUAAAAAAUGAAACUGAAUUAUCUGUGUGUAUUUUCUGAAGGAUGUUCUUGGUAUUAUACAGUUAUAAAUGACAUUAGAAAGCAAGAUUUGAUUGAUUUUAAUUAUAACUUAAGGCAUAGGAAGAUUGUUAGCCAUCAAAAUGCAGCUAGUUUGGUAAAGGCAGAAAAAUUAAGACAAUAAAAGUGAACUAUUAUAUUUUUUAAAGAUUUUUACCUGGAAGAAUAAAACAUUAGCCAUUAGUUAUGCAGACCCAUAAGCAUUCCAGUUAAUCAAGGCUAUAUUUUAAUAUUGUUUUAUAAGUCAAAGUAUGCUUGCAUUUAUGUGCUGCAGAAAAAAGAAAAUGGUGCAAUGAAAUAAUUUACGUUAUUAUGUUUUAAUUUGUUAAUAUUUGUGUAUUAAAUUCUCAUUAAAGGAAAAUUACAUCAAAA